CGAUGAUAUCUCAACUCCGCUCAAUAAAAUUUCUGCUCAUUCGUAAAUAUUUUUGUUAAUUUUUUUUUUAUUUAAUGUUGGUCGUCGUGUUUUGGAGAGUGAUUAUGACGGAGAGAUGAUGAGAGAUUAAUUAUUCAAACUUAGGGUAAAAAUUAUGCUAGAAUUCAAUGGAUAAUAUGCCGAAUGGUGAUCAAAUUGUGUUAAGAUGGCCUUUCCCACCAUCCAACAAAAUACAAAAUUGUUCUCUAUGGCAAUUGGGAAGUGCUCUAGUGAUGCCCGCAGUGGGAAUACUCAGCAAGAUUAUGGCUGAGUGGUUGAAUACAGUUAAUGUACAUAACAGAGAUAUUUUGAUAGAUGCUUUAGAUAAUAGACCUAAAGGAACUCCACUUAUCACUGUAGCUAAUCAUCACUCCUGUCUUGAUGAUCCUAUGCUAUGGGGUAUGUUAGAUUGGAGACACAUCCUGAAUCAUAGAAUUAUGAGAUGGACUGCAGCUGCUCAUGACAUCUGUUUCACAAACGAUUGGCAUUCACGGUUUUUCGCUUUGGGAAAAACUUUUCCCGUUAUUCGAGGAGCUGGAGUCUAUCAAAAGGGAAUGGAUUUUUGUUUAGAACAAUUAAAUGCUGGUGCUUGGGUUCACUUUUUUCCAGAAGGGAAGGUUAAUAUGGCAAAAAAUGAAUUCAUUCGCUUAAAAUGGGGAAUAGGACGUUUGAUUUCUGAAUGUAAAAUAUGUCCCAUUGUUAUUCCAUUUUGGCAUUUAGGCAUGGAUAGUGUUCUACCUAAUGUGGAACCUUAUCGACCAAAGUUUGGAAAGAAAGUGACUAUUCUAAUUGGAAAUCCAAUGGACCUGAAUCCUAUGAGAGAAAAAUUAAACCAUGAUCAUAGAAGUGCUCCAGCUCUGGAAGUUGGUGAUGGAAAAAUUCUUGCAGAAUAUUACAAGCGAGAAAAACGAAAAAUAAUUACGGAUGCGAUUCAAGAGGAUUUAUUCAAAUUAAAGCCUGAAACUGAACGACUUCAUCUAGAAUCAACUCUAUAACAACAUCCUCCCCCCCUCCAUUUCAAAAUUACUAGUUUUAUUGGAGUGUAAAGAAAAAGAUAAGUUAUAUUUCUCAGCUGCUAUUUUCUGAAAUUUAUCUACUUUCAAAAUAAUUAUUUUGGAGCAUUUUCUUUUAUUCUACAGGACUUAAAAAUAUUGUAAAUUAUAAUCUGAAUAAUUAGAAAGCACUUAAUUACAAAUUGUAAGCUACAUAUUGUAUAUUUAAUCUGUAAUUGACAUGCUAUAUUUAUAUUUUUGAACUGAUUCUAUAGAUUAAGCUAUUUUUGCUGAUGAUCAUGAGCUAAAACAUUGAAAGUUAAAGUAAAUUGAACUGUUUAACGUGUGCUAUCAUUCAUAAAAAUAUUAACUUUGUCAUCAAUUGUAUUAAAUUUUGUCCUAUCUUAAAUUCAGUGCAGAUUUUCUCAUUUUACCCAAUUUUAUUUUGUAUGGUACUUUCCAGCAAUUUAUUAUUAUGUAAAGCAACUCAUUUAAUAAGUUAUUUAUAAAUGCAGCUAUAUAAAAUAAAAAAAAUUCACAAAGAAAAAGUUCAAUUUUAGUUUAUACACAUGACAUUAAUUAUAAAGUGUAUAAUCAUGAAUUUUUAUAUAACAUAAAGCUUAAUGGUAUUUUUUUCUUCUUAAAUCCUUUAAUUCUAGAAUUUUGUUUCCAUUCCUUUUUAAUGAAUUAAUUAAAUGUCAUGCUUUUUACUAAAACAGAUAAUUUUAUGAAAUAUUCUUUAUUUUAUAGAGAAUAAUCAAUGUUAAUUUUUUCUUACUUUUUCUUACUUUUUUUGUGCCUGUGUAGGUAUGUAUGAAUUGGUACAAAAUGCCUAUAUGAUUAUGUGUGUGUAGAACUAAUUUAAAUAGUGUUAAUAUAUGUAUGUAUUAAAUAAGUGAAAUGCCCAUUUUUAGCAAUAAGGACUUAAGUUUUUUUAGUUUUCUUUUACAUUAUCAUUCUUAUACAGACAAAUAAUUACUAUUGAUUUCCCCCCCUUCACAGUUAGAAUAUAAUAAAAUCAUUUAUUUAUUUCCCCCCUUACAGUUUAAGUCAACUGUUAAUUUUAUUUUUGUGUUAAAAACAUUUCUGAUUUUACUAUAUAAUUUUUCAUGUUCCAGAAAUCUGUGCUAGUAUGGAAUUGGUACUUAUUUGUUUUAAAUUUGUCUUUUAUUUGUAGUUUUUACAUUGUUGUUUCUGUUUACUUUAAUAGUUCAUUCAUAUAUUAUUUAUUGAAACUUUCUUUCCUUCUGCAAUUUAGUGCCAUUUAUACACAAUUGUAGCUUUUUCAUUCUGUUUUGCUCAAUGAAAAAGAAUUUAAGUAGUUUCUGAGGAUUUUUGGUUUUUAACUUUCUAGAAUAUUUUUAUUUUCAAUCCAGGUUUGCCAACAAUGUAUUUUCUGAACUUUCAAUGGAUUUGAUUUAGCCUCUAAAUUGCGUAAAGCGUUUGAAAACUGCAAAUGCUAUUUCCUAACUUUUUCAAUACGCUUUAAAAUUUUAUUUUGAUAAUAUAUAGAAUUAAAUAUGUUUAUUCUUUUUAUUAAAAAAAAUGCAUUUUGUGGAUGACAAUAAAAUUUAUUUUGAACUACAAAAACAGCACUGAGUAUUAUAGCAUAUGAUCCUUAUUGUUGCAGAACAAUAGAUUUAUGAAUAUUUUAGUUGGCAUCCGCAUUGCUUUAAUGUUUAUCCUUAUUUUCUUGACAUAUUUGAUUUUUUAUUAAAAUGUUCCUCAUUCUUUAAUUUUUAGUUGGAUUUAAUAUUAAAUUUCCUUGUUUUUUUAAUAUUAUUUGUAUGUUCCAAUUAUUCAUGCAAUUUUUUAACUUGUUUCUUGUCGCAUGUUCUGUUUUCAACUCAUGCUAAACAUUCCGUUCAUUCCACACUGAUAAAAAGCAGUUUGUGAAGCGAUUAUUGCUUAGUUGGGAAUAAACAGUUUAGCCUUGAGUCAUUCACUUUCCAUGUAGUCAAAUCAUGCACAUCAUGGUAUUUUAGUUAGGCCCCUCGCAGAACACGUGAAAUUGCUUAAAACAUGUUUAAGCAAAAAUUAAUUUCAUCAAAUUGAAAAUUUCUUUGUUUUCUGAGAGGUAGACCUCUCACAGAGCAUAUAAGCUUGCUUAGGACUUCUGAAGUUAAAAUGAGAGAUUUUAUGAAUGAAAGAAUCUUCUUUGAAAAAUUUAUAAUGCUUUAAAAAUCUUCAUUUUGUUCAAUUUUGAUCUUUGCUCAAAAAGAGAUAUAUUUAAAUGGUUGUUAUAUUAGAACUUUUGUUUUUUCUCUCAUUUUAAUAAUUGUAAUUUUCUGUUUACUCAUAUCUUUGAUUCUUAUAAUUGUAUAUUCUAAGGUAAAUUUAUCUUAGUGAAUUGUAACAUGAGAGAGAAUAACAUUGGAGAGAUGUGUUUUAUUGUCAAAUAUAUAUAUUUUAUUCAUAUUUUCCUUGAAUAAUCAAUUUGAACUAUUUUUAUGGCACUUUUUUAUGUAUAAUUUAUGUUAAGCACUGUUUUAUGACUAAGAAAAAAAUGUCUAGUAUUAAUUGGAGUAUGGAUUUAUAUUGAAAGCACUUAGUUAUAUAUUUUGUUUUCAGUUUUAGUAAAUUUGUUGAAUUUAUGCACCAGGGAGAAACUUUUCAAAAUAUAAUCUUUAAGUGUAGUUUGUAAUAACGCAAAACACAUAUGUAUCAGCACUUAAUUAUAUUUAUUUUGAGGACUCGUAAUUUAUCAUUUAUUCCUAAGUAUAUGAAAUCUUGGCCUUAAUAACUCUUUAUAAAAAUUAAGAUGUAAUUUAUUUAUAUCUUUAUCUUAAAUUUAGUCAUUGGCUAUUUUUGUAUAAUCUUAUUCUGAGAUAAUAGCUAUUUAUUAAUUUUUAUGAAAUCUUAAACUAAUUAAGUCGUUAAUUUUGUACAUGUUUUGGUUUUCAAAACUUGUUCAAAAAUGAUGUAAUCGUGCAAUUUCUACCAUCAUACCUAAUUUACUUAUACUACUUUUGCAUACAAUGGUAUAUGCGAUUUCUAUGCUUAACUUUAAAUGAUUUUAUACUUAGAUAUGAGUUAGUCUGAAAUUUAGUUCAAAGUGGAAGUAUGAUAAAUUAGUUUUACCCAUUUGUUUAAAAUGCUGAAUGAAUUAUAAAUGUAUUAAUUUAAUGACAUGUUUUUUAAUCAUCCAGCAUAUUGCCACGAUCUUUCAAGAAAUUAAAACCCUUGUCUUCCAUCUUCUAAUUUUAGUUUUUGUUAUUGUCUCUUUAAGUUAAACAUAGGCUUACAAGUUAUGUUUUGCAUGUUAAAUUUAAAACUUUUUUACCGUAUUGAUGAACAAAUGUUAAAAAUUAACCACAAAUGUAUUGUUGCUAUCCCGGUAAAUAGCAUUUACCAUGUGUGUGAUAAACUUUGCCUGUGAAAUUGUUAGUUUUAUUUUAAAACCGUCUUUUCAAAACAUGUUAUGAUUUAUAAUAAUUUUGUGAGUUAUAUUACUAACCUUAGUGUGGUGUACAAUGUUUCAUUAUUUGUUUCACUCAAGAUGUUUCUUUUAUAAUUGAUAUUGUUUUUUUUAUACUUCUGCAUGCUUAUACUUAAAUAAUAUUUUCUUUUUAUACUAAUCAUUACAUUAUUAAAAGAUCUGGUGUUUGUUUUUCAUAAUGUAAUAAUUGGACUGUUUUGAAGAAAAUGUGAGACUAGUUUGUGUUGAAAGCUUUUACAAAAAUCAUUACUUAUUUGAAAAUUAAAUUUCAGUCUUAAAAUGCCAAAUUAGUGCUGCAUCAUAAAAAUGAAAAGUUUUGUUUCGAUUUAAGUAGUGCUCUCCCAGGACAGGGAGAACCUGGAAUUGUUAGGAAAUUUUAUUUUAACUCUAAAAAACAGGUUUUUUUUCUUUUUUACAAAAACCUAGAAAAUUCCUAUAUCUUAGAAUUGUCAGUAACAGUAAUUGAGAUUAGAGUUAAAUAAUUCUAACAUCUAUUAUAAUUAGUUGUAAAAAUUUCAAAUUUUAGUCAAACUGACAUUUUUCCAUCCUCAUCCAAUGAUAUUUUUUUGCUCACCAAAUCUAAUAUUUGACGUUACAAACAAAAAAAUCUAAUUUUUCAGAUGAAAAAUUUGUAUGGUUUAGAUUAAAUAUGGUCUGGAGUUUCAUUGAAAUUUACCUGAUAUUCCUGUCAGGGAAUUUUUUUUCUGAAAUUGAUUAGCAGCCCUGUUGAAAUACAUACAUGUAACUAAGUGAAUGCUCGAUCUACGAUUACUCUUAAGACACCAAUUACAUUAAAAUAGUAUAAAUUUAUGGAUAACAGGGCGUUUUAAUUAAAACGUUAAAGAAGUUAUAAAUCAAAUUACAGAUUUAUAACUUUACUAUAUUUAUGUAAAUAAUAUGCAAUUUAUGUUGCAUUAAUAUAAAUUUCUAAAAUUUGAAUAAAUUGUUUUCUGUCAAUCUUGAGUGAUUACCCAGUUUAAAACAUCCAAGCAAGGACCUGGUUCUAUAUGUAUUAUGUUUAAUCUUAAUGAUUGUUUAGUAAUAAUAUGGUGACUAAUUAUGAACUGAUUUUAAUCAAAAUGUAAUUUUAGUUCCAUAAUGUGGGUUAUAUAAAAUAUAUUUAUAUUAAUGCAUUCUAUUUUGAAUCUUUAAGAAUUAUGAUGGUUAGUGGUCAAUCAAAAUUUUCUGAAAUAAAGCUUUUU